UUUCUCUUCAGAUCGUAUAAAUCUUUCGCCUUUUACUAAAGAUUUCCGUGGAGAGUAACAUUAUGAGUAUCAACUAAUUUUUUGAUGCCCUGCAUUUAGUGGGGCUUCCUAUUUUGUUGAAAUGUAAAUUUAGUGUUUCUUCUUAGUUGCAUUACUUCAUUUUUGGCGGUUGUUUAGUUUACAGAGGAAAAAUGUCUGAGUCGGCGUGUCACUCUCCACCUAAGAAGAAGAAGAAGGAGGGGAGAGAGGACCAGAUGCAUUCGGAGAGUGCUCUGUCUGCAGAAAUCAGGGAGCUGUUCGCUGACUUGGACAGGAACUUAAACGAGCGAGAGCGGCUUCGCUUGCUGGAGCAGCGCGAGUAUGAGGAGCGGGUACGGAGAGAGGAGCAGCUGGAGAGGGCGCAGGAGAUGGCCGUUCUUCAGGACGUGACUUCUCUACUCCAACAGAUGGUCCAGCGGAAGACUGCCAUGCAGCCUCCACACCCUCACUCGGCACUCAUGGAAGCCGAUGGACAACCUACCACAUCCUCAGGGCUUUUCAGUUGUCAUUUUCAGAGAGCAAAGGAAAAUGAUCCAGGGCUCUCUCUAAAAUCAAAUCCAACUCCAUACUGGGAGCAAGAGAUGCCCAAAGGCAGUCACUUAAAAAUUGAAGAGGUUGUAUUUAAAAAGGAGGAAGAGGAAGAAGUUCCAUGUUCAGCUGAGGAUGCUGAGGUUUGUCCAGUGGAGAGUGUUAACGUUCACACUGGCGUUAAUUGUCAAAAUGACACAGAAUGUAUGUUUGUUUGUGCGGAAAAGGUCGCACUUGAAAUUGAGCUCGAGAGAACCAAGGCAGAGUUGAGGGCUUUGAAGGAGAAGGAGGCGCACUGGUGUCACAGAUACUCUGCCGCUCAGCUCAGCAAGGAAGUCAUCCGCAUGGAGACGGGCCUUCCGGAUCGUGGCACUUUAAACACAAUUGCUGGACGCGUGUUGCACUGCAAGGACUCAGUCUGCUACUCAGCCGGCUGGAAAGUGGAAUGCAUCACUGUCGAGGACCAGGUCUUCUUGACUCUAAUGAAACUGAGGCAUAAUUACACCGACCUUCACCUCGCUGCACUGUUCAAUUGCAGCGUAGCCGUCAUCCAAAAUGUGACUGCUACCUUCACCGGCAUUCUCCGUCAGCUGCCUUUCAAAGACAUAAUGGCAGUACCACCCAUCUUGACUGAAAUGAACAUUCAGACUGACACUUAAUACACCAAAGUG